GGAUGGGCUUUGGCUUGUCAGAGGGAGGGAGAAAGAAAGAAAGAGAGAGCGCGAGAGAGAGAGAGGUGUGCCGCUCCUUCCCUCCCUCCCUCCCUCUCUCUACCUGCCUUUUCCUCUUCCUCCGGAGAGUGUCCAAACUAGAGCUCCCCAACUCCGACUUUCCUUUUCCCUUCCGAGGCAAAGAGAGGGGAGCGCACCAAACUCGAGGAACUUGUUCGCCCGCUCCCCUUGGCUGCCUCGGCCAGGUUGUUUUUAAAAGGGAGGGCAUAUGACAAAAGGGAAGCCUGGAGGAAGCAUGCGAGAGAGCUGAGCCAAACACACACCCGGCCGGAGACGGGGAUUCUGCCUGGAGACGGAGAGGGAGCAGCUAGCAGGAUGAAUUCAGAAAGGGAUUCAGAAACCACCUUUGAUGAGGAUUCCUCCCAGCCCAACGAUGAAGAGGUGCCAUACAGUGACGAUGAAACGGAGGACGAAUUGGACAUCCAGCCUGCAGUUGAGCCAGAGCAGAAUCGCAUCAACAGAGAAGUGGAAGCAACUCGAGAGACACUUAGAAAAGAUUGCAAUUGGCAAGUUAAAGCAAAUGACAGAGCCUUCCAUGAACAGCCUCAGUUUAUGAAAACAGAAUAUCUGUGCCUUAAGAAAAGUAAAUAUGCAGGGAAUGCAAUUAAAACCUAUAAGUAUAAUCCGAUCACCUUCUUGCCAUUGAAUUUAUUUGAGCAGUUUAAAAGAGCAGCCAAUUUUUAUUUCCUGGUUCUACUUAUUUUACAGACAAUUCCUCAAAUAACUACCCUCUCAUGGUAUACAACUCUGAUCCCUUUGCUGUUGGUUCUGGGCAUCACGGCAAUCAAAGAUCUAGUGGAUGAUGUUGCCCGACAUCGGAUGGAUAAUGAAAUUAACAACCGGAACUGUGAUGUUAUUAGGGAGGAGAGAUUCAUAAAUGCAAAAUGGAAAGACAUUAAAGUUGGAGAUGUUAUUCGUCUGGGGAAAAAUGCCUUUGUCCCAGCUGAUAUUCUUCUGCUGUCCAGUUCAGAACCUCAUAGCCUUUGUUAUGUAGAGACUGCCGAAUUAGAUGGUGAAACCAACUUGAAGUUCAAAAUGUCACUGGAUGUGACAGACAGAUAUCUUCAAGAAGAAAGAGCCUUGGCAGCCUUUGAUGGCUUAGUCGAAUGUGAAGAACCCAACAAUCGGCUGGAUAAAUUCACAGGGACGUUGAUAUGGAAAGGAAGGCGCUACGGUCUGGAUGCUGACAAAAUCUUGUUACGUGGCUGUAAAAUCCGGAACACAGAUGUGUGCCAUGGACUUGUCAUAUUUGCAGGAGCAGACACAAAAAUAAUGAGAAACAGUGGAAAAACACGCUUUAAAAGGACUAAAAUUGACUCCCUUAUGAAUUACAUGGUUUAUACAAUCUUCAUUUUGCUCAUCUUGGUUUCUGCCGGCUUGGCUAUUGGACACACAUACUGGGAACAGCAGAUUGGCAAUUCCUCUUGGUAUCUCUAUGAUGGAAAAGAUUAUACACCUUCAUACCGUGGCUUCCUUAACUUUUGGGGCUACAUCAUUGUCCUCAACACCAUGGUUCCCAUAUCCCUCUAUGUAAGUGUUGAGGUGAUCCGUUUGGGACAAAGCUACUUUAUCAACUGGGACUUGCAGAUGUAUUAUCCGCCGAAAGACACACCUGCUAAAGCAAGAACCACCACUUUGAAUGAACAGCUCGGACAGAUCCACUAUAUCUUCUCGGACAAGACGGGCACAUUGACUCAGAAUAUCAUGGCAUUCAAAAAAUGUUGCAUCAGUGGAGAAACAUAUGGAGAGAACAGAGAUAAAACAGGGGAAAUACAACAUCGUCCUGUGCAAGCUGAUUUCAGCUGGAAUAUGUAUGCUGAUGGAAAGCUCACAUUUCAUGAUCAGUAUCUGAUUGAGAAGAUUAAGCAGGGAAAGGAACCUGAAAUCCGGCAGUUCUUCUUCCUGCUUGCACUCUGUCACACAGUGAUGGUGGACAAUAGUGAUGGUGAGCUCAACUAUCAGGCUGCUUCACCUGAUGAAGGUGCAUUAGUAACUGCUGCCAGAAACUUUGGUUUUGUUUUUCUUUCACGGACACAAAAUACUAUUACAAUAAGUGAAAUGGGAACUGUAAAAACGUAUGAUGUUCUUGCCAUUCUGGACUUCAACAGCGACAGAAAACGGAUGUCAGUUAUCACAAGAGAACCAAAUGGAGCAAUCAGGCUGUAUUGUAAAGGGGCGGAUACAGUGAUUUAUGAACGCCUACAUCGGAAUGAUCCCCAAAAGCAGACUACAGAACGUGCACUGGAUAUCUUUGCAAGUGAAACCCUUAGAACAUUAUGUCUUUGCUACAAGGACAUCAGCAACGAAGAGUAUGAGGCAUGGAAUAAAAAAUUCAUGGCUGCUAGUGUUGCUUUGAGAAACCGUGACGAAGCUCUGGACAAGGUGUAUGAAGAAAUUGAACAAAAUUUAAUUCUCCUGGGUGCCACGGCAAUUGAAGACAAGCUACAAGAUGGAGUUCCAGAAACAAUAUCCAAGCUGUCAAAGGCAGAUAUAAAGAUCUGGGUGUUGACUGGUGACAAAAAAGAAACUGCAGAAAACAUUGGGUUUUCAUGUGAACUUUUGACAGAUGAAACUACUAUCUACUAUGGAGAAAACAUCAGUGCUCUUCUGCAAACAAGGCUGGAAAACCAGAAGAACCGAACUGGAUCUAAUGCAAACUCAUCUCAUGGGGAUAAUGAAAACUUUUUUCCACCAGGUGGGAAUCGGGCUCUCAUUAUCACAGGUUCAUGGUUGAAUGAAAUUCUUUUGGAGAAGAAAAAGAAGAAAAAGAAACUCCUGAAACUGAAGUUUCCAAGAACGAUGGAAGAAAAGCAAAAGCAAAUGGAGAGUAAAAGAAGAGCAGAGCUGAACAAGGAGCAGCAGCAGAGGAACUUUGUGGACUUGGCUUGUGAGUGCAACUCCGUGAUCUGCUGCCGCGUGACUCCGAAGCAAAAGGCCAUGGUGGUGGACCUCGUGAAGAGAUACAAGAAAGCCAUCACUUUGGCCAUUGGAGAUGGUGCUAAUGAUGUAAAUAUGAUCAAAACUGCCCAUAUUGGUGUUGGAAUAAGUGGACAAGAAGGGAUGCAAGCAGUCAUGUCUAGUGAUUAUUCUUUCGGCCAGUUCAGAUACCUCCAAAGGUUGUUGCUUGUUCAUGGACGGUGGUCAUAUAUAAGGAUGUGCAAAUUCCUUCGGUAUUUCUUCUACAAAAACUUUGCGUUUACUUUAGUUCACUUCUGGUACUCCUUCUUCAAUGGUUAUUCAGCUCAGACUGCUUAUGAAGAUUGGUUUAUCACACUCUACAAUGUACUAUAUUCCAGCCUUCCAGUCCUACUCGUUGGGUUGCUUGACCAGGAUGUGAGUGACAAGCUGAGCAUACGGUUUCCUAGCUUAUACAUAUUGGGACAGAGAGACUUGCUUUUCAACUACAGAAAGUUCUUCAUCAGCCUCUUCCACGGAGUUGUAACCUCCCUAAUUAUUUUCUUCAUACCUUAUGGCGCUUAUCUACAAACUAUGGGGGAAGAUGGAGAAGCACCCUCUGAUUACCAGUCAUUUGCAGUUACAGCAGCUUCUUCUCUCAUAAUUGCAGUGAAUUUUCAGAUGGGUCUGGAUACAUCUUACUGGACAUUUGUUAAUGCUUUCUCAAUAUUUGGGAGUAUAGCACUUUACUUUGGCAUUACAUUUGAUCUACACAGUUCUGGGAUACAUGUCCUGUUCCCUUCUGCUUUUCAGUUUACAGGUACUGCUCCAAACGCUCUCCGGCAGCCAUAUAUCUGGUUGACAAUAAUAUUGUCUGUUGCAAUUUGCUUGCUUCCUGUGGUCGCACUUCGUUUCUUGACCAUGACUAUUUGGCCUACAGAAAGUGAUAAGAUCCAGAAGAACCGCAAGAAGUACAAGGCGGAGGAGGAAACGUGGAGGCGAAGGCCAAGCGUCUUCCGUCGGGGGGUAUCGGGGCGCCGUUCAGCGUACGCCUUCUCCCACCAGCGUGGUUACGCCGACCUUAUUGCUUCUGGGCGGAUCAUUCGAAGAAGGCGAGCUUCAUUAACUGCAGUCCUUGGCAACAAUUUGGCAGAAGUCAGGCGAGCGGAAGAAGCCAGCUGAUGACUCCCUGUGUCCCAAAGAAAGAAGGAUUUAAAAAAGGAAAAAUCAAUUGCACAAAUUUUUAUCUUUAUUUUUAAUGAAAGACUCAGGAUUCUUUUUAAAAGACACUUUUAUGCAAGGUUAUGAAGACAAACUGGUUUUCUUUCCCAAGUGACUUGGUUGGGGAUUGUUGAACUGGAAAAAACUAAGUGAAAUAUUAAAUCGCUGACCUUUGUAUAAAUACCUGUUCUGUGUGAAACUGAAGGAUACAAAAUAAUCCUCGGACUUUAAAGCCCAGCAGUUUAAAGGGCUUUGUUUUUUUUAAAAGUACUUAAAACGUUCAUUCUUUUUUAAAAUUGCAGUGGUGAAAUAAAGUUGAAUUAAGAUUUCACGCAGAGCUUGAAAAAGUUGCUUUUUAAAGGUACGACUCCCAAUGACCGCAAUGGCCAAGGGGUACUGGGAGUUAUAGUUCAAAAAAGCAAUUUUUGAAGCUCUGGUUUCAUGCCUCGACACCAAAGAUGAACAGCAGAGAGCAAAACAAUUGUGUGUGCCACUUUGUGCCUUUAAUUUAUUCAAACAUAAUGGCAAUUUUUAGGUAACCAAAGAUCUAUAUUUUUUCUGCUCUUUGUAUGUCAAGUUAGCUGUCUGAUUUUUCUUUGUAAGCACCCUGAAAACAUGAUUCAUGAAGCAUGAAUGAUGAUGGUCUACCCAGUAUGCUUUCACAAUUUUCAGGAACUUGACUUGGCAAAAGAAAAAAAGACAAUAUUUUUAAAGCUCAGGCAAAGUACACUUCAUAAAAAUGUUAGGAAUUGUGGAAGUCCAAAACACCUGAAGGGCCCAAGUUUGCCCAUGCCUGCUCUAGAGACAUCUAGAACAUUUUACAGAAAUCUAGAACCUGUUUUAGAGAGCAACUUGUUUGGCCAUAUAAUCUCAUUUUGGGGGCAUACUUAGUACCAAAUUCCAAUUAAAUUAAUGGUAUUUGCAUAGCAACAGGACUUUGUGGAUUAUGGCCUUUUCUUAGUCUCGUAUUUUAUACUACAGACUUUUUAUAUCCUUUGUAUCUGUCUGAGUAAAAGGAAAGUAAUCUGGAAUCGGUGGAGGGUUUACUCCUGGCAUGCCUUCUUGUGGAUAUGCAGAGGAAUGCCCUUCUCAAUUAGUUUUACUGAGUUGGGUAGCAGCCUAACACUUGGCUUGUGGAAGUCAUUCCUAUCUAGUCUUUUCCUAACCUUUUUUGCAGCAGCCAUGUAUGGACACUGUCAGGCUUGAAAGGCACUUACAUUGUCUAUUUCGCCACCUGUGUGGCAAAGUAGCUAAGCAUGGUUUCUUGAUAUGUGAUGACACAUCUAACAUGGAUGAGUGAAGUCCAUGUAGAAACUCUGUUGUAUGUGAAGCAGACCAAACUGGUCAAAGCAUUUUGUUCACUGGGUGAUGGUUUUAUAAAAGCACAAAUUGCAGCAAGCGAAUAGUUCACAUUUGGGAUGAAUCAAUGUCACUAUGUUUUAAUAGUAAAAACAAUUUGCCGGGUUUUUAACUUUAUGUAUGUAUAUCUUGAAGAGUUUGGAAUGCUUAUUAUUGGGACUUACAAUUUCCAUACUUCCUUUGAAACGAUGGCCAUUGAUCUUGCUAGCUAAAGAAUUAUGGAAAAUGGUGUUCCCCUAAAUAACACUUCCAAACGCUGACAUCUUCACGGGUUGUGUGUAUGUUUAUGUGUACCUGUCUGUGUGUAUGUUGGAACAUACAAAUGGUUUACAUUUCAACAUUUUCAGCAUACACCAGUUUAUCUUUCUAAAUGUUCAUAAUUUCAUGGAAACGAGAGAGAUAAAUGAUGCAAUCAGGUGUAUAUGUUUAUUAUAUGUUAUCAGCAUGACGUGUACAUUUCUUCAUUAUUAUUAUUUAUGGAAAAGUUUACAGCUUUUCUUUUCAGUGAUAGGAGAUUGCGCUUAGCCUUAAAUACUUUACUCCAAACACAAGGAAAUGGUUGGCCACAUGUUUUCAGGCAUCUGAUUUGGGUGCAAUAUUUGCAAUCUUUAAUGUGCUGAUUGAACCGAAUCCUUUGUAUACUUGUCUCCAAAACUAUGUGUGAUUAAUUGUCUGUGAAAUGAUGAUAAUGUAUAUAGUUGACAUACCUUAAUUUUUAAAAAGUUUUUGACCAAUGUGAAGAAAA